GCAGAUCUCAAAUUUUCGUGAUGAAAUGUCCAGUGGUUUCUGUGCUUCUAGACAGAGAAUACAUUCAGUGUGAUCCAGAAUACAUCCAGGUGACAAGACAAGUUCCGUAUGACGCCUGGAAUGAUGAGCCUUAGAGGAUGCUAGUUUGAUCCAGAUGAACAUUGACAUGAAUGGACCAAACAUCACCGUCCAAGGCAGGAGGAAGGAGGUCCUGAACCCUGUAGAGGUGACAGGAAGUGAAGGUGAAUUCUUGGCUUUAAAGCUGGUCAGUGGUCAGUACUCCUACAGUAUGGAGGCCACUUGUCCAAAAGUGACUAAACCCACAGCAGAGACCACUGUCCUGCACAUCUUUAAACAACAGAUGGGUUUAACCAAACGUGGCAGCUACGACGCAGAACAACUGACCAUCAGUAACGUGACCAUGAACCAGACACAAAACUUCACCCUGGAUGAGACCAGUGCGUUUGUGACAAUUACUGUUCCUACAGCCCAAAUCCUGCAGAAGAAGACCUGCAGAGACAACAAACAACUCUGGCAGCCGUUCUACAGGGUGGAUGUUGUGCUCACCUUCAGAGAGACAAAUCACAAAAUGCACUGGACCAUGGAGAACACACUGCCAUGCACAGCCAGGUCUGAUAUAUCAGAUAUUAAAUCCUCCACUGACUCCAACAUCACAGAAUCAUCCAAACCCAUCUUCAAAGCUGAGAAUUUACCUGCACAGCCAUGUUCAGUGAAUCACUCUUCUGUCUCUGAGGAGACGACCCGGGCUGGAGAGACGACACAACAGCCUGAUGUAGAGACGAGCCUGCAGUUGUUCCAGCUGAUGCCAGCUGCCUCACAGGCCCUGUGUUAG